UUUUCGGCGCUGGGCAUGGUCAACAAGAAUCAGCCGACUAUGUGGUUGCAGGCAAUGUCAGCCGUAGUGAUCACCAUACAUUUGGAGACUGAUGUACAACAGAAAAAGGAUGUCGUAGACAUUAUCGCUGCAUUUGCUAAGCUAGUAAACACCAUGCCCCCUUGGAGUCCCAAGACGAAAACUGUCGCGGCACCGAUCAUUGCUAUUGAGUCUGAAAACUACAACUCUAGGGUUCAAGGGCUCAACCAUGCGAUUGGUCUCAACCAAAUCAAGAGCUUUCUCUGGGUGGUAGGCCAGUAUACAUCGCUCGACGUAAACUCUAAGCUAAGGGAAGCUGUCGACCCAAACCAUCCAGGGGAUGCCAAGGCUGGCGACUAA